GUGAAUUCAGCUGUAAACCAGGUUACCUAUUGGUUGGAAACAGGCUACUAAAAUGUGGAAGAGGAGUUUGGAGUUCAAAGAGCCCUUUUUGCGCAGCAAUUGGUAGAUGUGAUCCUAAUGAUCUUCCCGAGAUAGUGAACGGACAGAAGGUUAGAGUCAAGCAAUUCCGUGGAGCAGUUUACAGGUAUGAGUGUGAGAAUGGGUUUUACAUCUAUGGUCAGAAGCAGGUGCAUUGUAACGGCAACUCAUGGGAUCUCAGGGCAGCUCCUGUAUGUUCAAAUACCGGAUGUAAUGAGUCGCUGGUUGAAAACCUUGAAUUUGGGUUUAGUAAACGUUUAGCGGAGGGAGGAAUAUACAGAUAUGAAUGCAAGAGAGAAGCUACUUUGAUUGGAUCGCCCAUGAUAUUCUGUGAUGGAAAGCACUGGAAUGACACUGCUCCAAGAUGUACAAUUGGUCCAGCCAAUGUAAAGAUAUCUGGACCGAAUGACUUGAAGUUAAAUAUUAAAUCUGAGUUGAACUGUGAGAGUGAAGAAUCUGUUCCUCCAGCCGAGAUCUCCUGGACAAUCAAGGAUUUUAGAGGAAAUAAUUUGUCCCACCUAGGAGAGGGUCGAGAUUCGUAUUUACGGGACCUUUCUCUGUUCCAGAUACUGAUCAGUUUGUAA